AAAUUGCCCUUCGUGUUUCUCCCCACUCUCACUCUCUCCCUCUCUCUAGAAAAAAUAAAAAUAAAAAAUUCUCUCUGUAGAAAUCCCUUUCUCAAUGGCAUCCCCACGCGAGGAGAGCGUAUACAUGGCGAAGCUGGCCGAGCAGGCCGAGCGUUACGAAGAGAUGGUGGAGUUCAUGGAGAAAGUCGUCACUGCAUCGGAAGGCGGUGAGGAAUUGACGGUUGAGGAGCGUAACCUCCUCUCUGUGGCCUACAAGAACGUUAUUGGCGCUCGCCGAGCCUCCUGGAGGAUCAUAUCGUCGAUUGAACAAAAGGAGGAGAGCCGCGGCAACGAAAGCCACGUUUCAACCAUCAAAGGUUACAGAUCUAAGAUUGAAUCAGAGCUCUCCAGCAUCUGCGAUGGGAUUUUGAAACUUCUCGACUCAAAACUCAUCGGAUCCGCCUCCAGUGGUGAUUCGAAAGUCUUCUACUUGAAGAUGAAGGGUGAUUAUCACCGCUACUUGGCGGAGUUUAAGACUGGAGCCGAGCGGAAAGAAGCCGCCGAAAACACUCUCUCAGCUUACAAAUCAGCCCAGGACAUUGCAAGUGCUGAGCUUGCUCCAACACAUCCAAUCCGGCUUGGGCUAGCACUCAAUUUCUCAGUCUUUUACUAUGAGAUUUUGAAUUCUCCAGACCGCGCUUGUAAUCUUGCCAAACAGGCUUUUGAUGAAGCAAUUGCAGAGUUGGACACACUUGGAGAGGAGUCAUACAAGGAUAGCACGCUGAUCAUGCAGCUUCUCCGUGACAACCUCACUUUAUGGACUUCAGAUAUGCAGGACGAUGGUUCCGAGGAGGUCAAGGACGCACCCAAGCCGGAUAACGAGUAGUAAAAUUUUGUGCUUUUAGCAUUUGGGUGUUUUCCCAUUGGCAGUGUUGCUUCUUUUUUUCCUUUUUUUUUUCUUUUUUUUUUUUUAAAUUAAAAAUGCUGCUAGUAGCCAGUAUUCGUCUUUAUUGUCUAGUUGUUUUCUGAACUCCGACUCUAGAAGCUGAUAUUCACCACUUUGCCAUUUGUUCUUUCCGUUUCUCAGUUGGCUAAUGUCUGUGGCUCUGUGCCGAACUUAUUUCGCUAUAAUUUUAUCUACAUUGCGAAAGGAUUCCAUCGAUUCAA